CAUUAAUAACACAGUUUAUGUUGCAGCUUUAUGCUUUGUGGUGACAUCAGGCGCUCAACAGAAGGUAAGCGCACAUGGGCGAACAUUUGUGCGUUUGAAUCAGUGACCGAAAAAUAACAUUGAAAAAGUUGACCUGGCGACAGAAGAAUAUCGGGAAGCUACAAUGUCUUAUUCUGCCUCCUAUGCUGCCAAAACACGGAGGGGUUCUGGUGUUGCAUGUGGAAAGAGACCAGCAGAUUUGGAGUGGUCGGAAACCACUUUUUCCGCGCCUGAACCAGGGACACCUGGGGGCAACGACAAGUUUUCCGAAAGAGACAAAACGCCAGAGGACGGUAACUCUGCCAACAAUGUACCAAAUGUUCAUCUCCACCCGUACUUAUCUCAUCCACGGAUGUCUGUACGGAUGUCGGUGUACAGCACCGGGGUCCGUCCAGUCCUCACCCGCGCAUACAUCCAAGGACGUGUGUAUAACUUUCUGGAAAGGCCGUCUGGCUGGAAAUGCUUCGUGUAUCACUUCACAGUGUUUCUCAUAGUUCUGGCCUGUCUGAUCCUCAGCGUUCUGUCUACCAUCAACGAGUACCAGGCUCUGGCUCACACAACACUCUUCUGGGUGGAGAUCGUCCUUGUGGUGUUCUUCGGUGUGGAAUAUUUUGUCCGCCUCUGGUCAGCAGGCUGCCGCAGUAAAUAUGUUGGCAUUUGUGGUCGACUACGCUUUGCCAGGAAGCCAAUAUCUAUUAUAGAUCUGAUCGUAGUUGUUUCCUCAAUAAUUGUGCUGUCAGUGGGCUCCAAGGGCCAGGUCUUUGCCACCUCUGCUGUAAGAGGGAUUCGCUUCCUGCAGAUCCUGCGAAUGCUCCACGUGGACCGACAGGGAGGAACCUGGCGUCUCCUCGGCUCUGUCGUCUACAUUCAUCGCCAGGAGCUGAUCACUACCUUAUACAUUGGCUUUCUGAGCCUGAUCUUCGCCUCGUACUUUGUCUACCUGGCAGAGAAAGAUGGAGUCGACGGCAGCGGCUUCGGCGAGUUUGAAAACUAUGCUGAUGCCCUGUGGUGGGGAGUGGUCACAGUGACUACCAUUGGGUAUGGAGACAAAGUGCCACAAACCUGGAUUGGAAAGACGAUUGCGUCCUGUUUCUCAGUCUUUGCCAUUUCUUUCUUUGCUCUGCCUGCAGGAAUCUUAGGCUCAGGCUUCGCCCUAAAGGUACAGCAGAAACAAAGACAAAAACACUUCAACAGACAGAUCCCUGCAGCUGCCUGUCUCAUUCAGACAUCAUGGAGAUGUUAUGCAGUGGAGAACUUGGAUUCAGUCACAUUCAAGAAGUUUUUGAAAAAGAAAUCCCACAUCCCCGCCUCCUCUCUGACCACCCCCAAGCCCAAGAAAUCGGUGAAGAUAAGGAGGAAGUUGAAGAGCAGUGACAAGGACAACGGUCCAACUUCUCCCACAAUUCCCAGCAUCACCUUCGACUCUGUAUUUGAUAGUGGGCGAGAUCUGAGUUCAGAUGUUUACAGCACUGUGGGCACAGAUUGCCAGCAGUCCUGGACGUCUUUGUCCUCCCUUCAGUUCAGCUCACCGCCUCCAGUGAAAAGAAGCCCCGGACUUUUGGAUGUCCACUCUACCCGCCCCCUCCAGAGGAACUGUAGCUUUGCAGAUGACCUGGAGCAGGAGUCAGAGCGAGACAGUGAGCUGGCUCCUGUCAGCUCGAUGUCACAAUUGACAGAGUCACACCGACAAGCCAUCCGGGUGAUCCAGAGAAUGCGUUAUUUUGUAUCCAAGAGAAAUUUCCAGCAAGCUCGUAAGCCAUAUGAUGUGCGGGACGUGAUUGAGCAAUACUCCCAGGGUCACCUCAACCUCAUGGUGCGAAUCAAGGAGCUGCAAAGAAGACUGGACCACUCUGUAGGGAAGAUAACUUUGUUCCAGUCGGGUUCCGACCGAGCCAAAGACACAGGCACCAACUCUAUCGGAUCCAGACUCAACAGGAUGGAGGACAAGAUAACGCACAUGGACCAGACGCUAAACCGCGUCGCAGAGUCCCUCACCGUCCUGCUCGACCAGAGGGACGUCAGUGAGGGUGAAGGUGGAGGCAGGACGAGAGUACGGCUUGGAAGGACGUAUAAUGUCGUCCCUAGCCAGGACACCUUGCCGAGCUACGACCAGCUGUCCUCCUCACCUUCGUUCGUCUCUUCCAACCCCGCCGGACCCAACCCUGCCCUCAGCAGCAACACCAGUCAGGAGGAGAAGUACUGAAACCUGGAAACAAACAGCCUCAAAGUUUUUCUCUUUUUAGUACGAUUCAUAAAAUGUAUUUGGAUCAAAUCUAUCUAUCUAUAUCUAUCUAUAUCUAUCUAUCUAUCUAUCUAUCUAUCUAUCUAUCUAUCUA